AUUACGAACGCUAAGUCAUUUAUAACAUACUGGUUCUCGAUUGAUUUGUUAAAUUUAAAUCACACAAAACACUUUCAGCAAUAUGCUCGGAAUACGAAAUCGUUCUUUUUACAAAGUAGCCGUGUUGUGUAGCUUCUUACUAUGUGUGUUUGUAGUGUUCAAAAUAGAACCCAAGCAGGAUCUUAAAACCCUGUUUAUGAGACCUUUUCAGUAUGUGGAAGCCUAUUUAAGGAAUGUUAAAGAUGAGGGAAAUGUAAAUGGACAAUGGACUGGUAAACAAGCGAAAGUAACCGAUGAAGAAAAUGCUCCAGCAUUACAUAACAAAUUCAAAGAAGAGGAACAUGUUAAGAGGUCAAACAACAUUCGAAUUUUCAAUAUCACAAGCAAUGCUAUUGCUUACCUAAAUAAAUGUAAAAGGACUAGCCUUCGGAUCCCAGAUGGGUCAAAUACUCCUAUAUGCAUAUACGAACCAAAGGAAGACAUAUUUGUAUCGGCGUCAAUUCUCAAAACAGGCUGGUGGGAGAAAGGAAACGUAGAGAAAGUCUGGAAUUUAAUGAAACCAGUCAAUGAUAUGCAGUUUCUGGAUAUUGGAUGUAAUAUUGGAGCAUUUGCAAUUGCAAUUGCUAAGCUUGGAAGGCGUGUAACAGCAGUGGAUGCAAACAUAGUAAAUUUAAAGAUGCUAGCAGCAUCUUUGCGACUUGGUGGGCUGGAGAAAGAUGUCACUUUGAUAUGGAACGGUGUGUCUAAUGAAACAAAAUAUGUGUAUCUCAGGCAAGCAAGAGUGAAUGUUGGCGCGACAAUGAUAUUAAAGGCAACAGAACAGCAUCCAGAAGAUCGCGAAAACACCGUUAUAACAGUACGGUUAGAUGACAUGCUAAGCUUGUUUGAACCUAAGCCCUUUUUCAUUAAAAUGGACAUCGAAAUCCACGAGGCUAUAGCACUGCAAGGGGCUGUUGCUUUCUUCAAAGAGUUCGACGUCCGUUACGUUUUGAUUGAAUGGAUGCAUUUCAAGAACAAAUCAAACGGUGGACAGUUUAUCCUAGAUUUCUUCAUACAACGAUCAUUUAACCCCUUCGUGCCAUGGAGCCAGCAAGGUCUCGAGUUUAAGGACGCCUACACUACUUGGCCAGGUGAUGUCUUGUGGAUCAGAAGUAAUUAAUAAUACAGUACCAGCAAGGUCUUGAAAUCAAUGGCGCCUACACUACCUGGCCAGGCGAUGUCUUGUGGAUCGGAAGUAAUUAAUAAUACAGUACCACCAAGGUCUUGAACUCAAGGACCCCAACACUACCUGGCCAAGCGAUGUCUUGUAAAUCGGAAGUUGUUAAUAAUGCAAUACCAUCAAGGUCUUGAACUCAAGGACGCCUACACUACCUGGCCAGGCGAUGUCUUGUGGAUCGGAAGUAAUUAAUAAUACAGUACCACCAAGGUCUUGAACUCAAGGACCCCAACACUACCUGGCCAAGCGAUGUCUUGUAAAUCGGAAGUUGUUAAUAAUGCAAUACCAUCAAGGUCUUGAACUCAAGGACGCCUACACUACCUGGACAAGCGAUGUCUUGUGAAUCGGAAGUUGUUAAUAAUGCAAUACCAUCAAGGUCUUGAACUCAAGGACGCCUACACUACCUGGCCAGGCGGUGUCUUGUGGAUCAAUGGAGCAAUUAAUAAUACAAUGAAUACAUCAGGAAGAAACCCAAUAUUUCAAAUGGAAACGAAUGCCCUGAGGUAGGAUCAAAAAGACCGAACAGACUCUGAACGCGAGAUGAAUAACAACACAAAACAGGCAUACUUCAGGUUAAUGAAAAACAUUUAUUGAAAGAUGAGGUGAAGACUAGAGAGAAAGACCUUCAAGACGCCAAUAAUUAACUGUGGACUGGUAUUAUCCACAUAUAUAACCAGUUUAACUUCUUGUGAAUGCCAGUAACACAUUUCAAAACAAUAUGCAAAAUGCAGUUAUAUACACCAACUGGAGUAAACGGUAAUCAACACUUUGUGCGUAGACAAACUAUCGUAAAAUCAAUAAUGGUAGUUAAUACAACCAUGCGUAGUUUUCUGUAUUAUUUAUUAAUGAGAAUAAUACCAAACAAUUGACAAACAACAAUUUAUCAUUUUAAACUUGCCAAUUGCAGUCUAUGUACAUUAUGUUAAUAGAAUGAUUCCAUUGAACAUGUAUAUUGGAAUGUAAAAAAGGACAACAAUUAUUGAAUAAAUCACAUAUAUUUAUUGCAUCAACGACAAUACAUCUACCGAUAAACGUUAAACACGAAGCUUACUGAUCAUAUUAGGAACAAACACACACACACGCACACACGCACGCACGCAUACACGCAUACACACACGCACACACGCAAACACGCACCCACGCACGCACGCACCCACGCACGCACACAUCACACACGCACGCACGCACGCGUACACGCACACUAACAUCACACACGCACGCACGCACGCGUACACACACACACACACACACACACACACACACACACACUCAUCUAUCCAUUAACAUGUGUUGCGUU